CUGUCAUUCGUAAAACCAACCGAUAGUGCGCUGGAUGUUAAUACGAAUUUCCUAAGGCAAAAUUAUUGUCUCAAUGGUGGCGAAUUCGUUGCGCAAACCAAUAGAUGCAUCUGCAAGGUCGGUUUCAAGGGUGAACGAUGUCAGGACAACGAGUGUUUUAACUAUUGUAUGCAUGGCAGCUGCGUUAUUUCUUCCCUUGGCUUACCAACUUGCGAAUGUCCGCGCGGCUACCAUGGCGGACGGUGUCAGUGGUACAAGUGCGCCGGGCAUUGCUUGAAUAAUGGAUGGUGUGUGAUUGAAGACUCCGGCGAGCCGAGCUGCUCAUGUAAAGACAAUUUUAGCGGUGCGCGUUGUGAACAAAAUUCAACAGAAAUCUGUGCGCUUUAUUGCAAAAUUUUGAAGCUGGAGCCCGAUACUAAUACUAAUGUACCGUUGGGUUGCGCUGAUAUGUAAGUAUGAUACACCAACUAUAUAAGUCCCGGCAAACAUAUUCUUGGUGUUCACAAUAUAUUUAUGAA